AUGCGAAUCGUUCUUCUGAUCCUCUCCCUCUUCUGCCACGCCUCUGCGAUUCGUUUUCUAUUCGCCAGUGAGCUCUUCUGUGAAUAUGACGAAGACGUCUUCGAAUUCAAAGUUGCUUACUUCAACGGAGACGAACAAAUUUCAACGGAACGUCAUCUGAACGCCAGGGGAAGCCUAUUUUUCUUCCAUGAAGGAGCCGCAGAAUCUAUCGAAAAUCCGGAGAAAGUUCAUGCUGUUAUUGAGCAUGAUUGUAAUGAAAAUGGAGACAAGAUGGAGGUUUCGUACUAUUUUUCGGCAAUUGAUAUUUCCAUUAGUUGGUACCGACUGGAAAUGAACGAUUUCGGUGAAUUUUUUGAUUUCGAUGAGUUCGAUUACGCAGGAUUUGCUCAGGAACCAGAGAAUGAAGAGAAGAAUCUUUUGGAUCCAACCCCCAUCACCUAUCCAUCAUUCGACGAAGAAUGGAGUAUGGACAGCUCCUACCAAAAUCUCGAUGUCCCUCACCAUUCCCCACCACCAUCUCCAACCCCUCGUGGUCAAAUUCAAAGCAAUGUUGUCCAGGAAUCAAGCCUUGAGGACCUAGAUCUUCAAUUUAAAGGACACGUUCAGGAACCACUUCCUGCUUUUGAGGAACUAGAUCGUCAAUUUGAAGGAGACGUCCAAGUUCCGAUUCUUGACUUUGAGGACUUUGAUCCAGACCAAAAUGAUCUUGAAUUACCCCAAUUUGACUGGGUCGACGACUUCGUAGAACCAAUAUCUGGGGAGCAAUUUCAACAAAUUGCUAGAAGUCAAGGAAAACGAACUAUCCAACGUCAAGAAAUUGUCUUCUAUGAUGCUCAAGAUGAUCAUCUUCUGGAGGACGAUCUUCAGAAUUCUGAGAAAGAUGAGACUUCACAGAUGGUGGACAAUGGAGGACCGGGAGCCAGGAUUCGUUAUUCAAAUGUCCAUGGUCCGCCGGUUUACAAUGGUCGGCCACCCUUUCGACUUCGGAUUUAUGGAGCGAUGGCGGUGAUCAACUCUCCCAGUCAACAUAUCACGGUGUCGGAUGCAAAGAAUUUCAUACUCCACCACUUCCCUUGGUUCCGAACCUCCUGUGAACAUCUGAAGACCUCUCUGGCCACCAUGCUAAAAACCGACGAACAUUUCGUUUUCAAAGGCAAUAAUAAUCACAACAUCCGCCUUUACACCCUCAAAAAGCUAGAAAUUCCAAGUCUGCUCAAACGAGAGAAGCUCUACAUCGAUCGAGAUGAUCCGAGGACACGAGAUUUCUAUGAGAGGAUCUUCUCUGGAGACGUCGGACUGCCACGGGAGAUGUUCUAUAGAUUCCUCGGGAACAAGAAUCGGCUGGCUGGUCCGGAGAAUUCGGCGCUCUUCUACCAUCUGUUAGCACAUAAGCUGGAUCCUCGAAUCUUCAUCAACGCCUUCCGAGAGCAUAAGUCUGUUCCUUCUGGCCAGGAACCGAAGUUCGAUGAGGAUUUGCUUCCAAAUGGCGUUGAAGUCCAAAAUUGGCCCUAUUAUGGUGUUGUCUUGCCGGUUGGAGCUGCUCCUCGUGUGAUGUCUUCCGAAGAUGUCAACGCCUUCUUCGAAAACAUUGAGGCUUACUACGGUCUCCAGAAGCGAGGCCAAGAAAUGGGGAUUUUGAAUUGGGAGACACCAAUUCUUCACUAA